AUGCAAUAAAAAGAGAAGAAAUUUGAACCAAUAAAAAUGCCUAUCAAGGCAAAAGGAUUAGCAGAUGCUUAAGUUUAAAAACAAAUCACAACUGACAAGCAUCCCUAAAAGAAAAUUUAAAAAGUACUAAUUAUAUUAGAUUUGUAGCAAUAAUAAAAUCCUUAAUCAGAGGAAAGAAUAGAAUUUUAGGGGAAAAUAAAUAAGGAAUCUAUUGCUGCUGAAAUACUAUGUAAUUCUCAUUUUUAUUCAACAAGAAAAUGGAUAUGUUCAAUCCUAUGCUGAUUUUUUUUAUGUGACUAAUGAAACCGUCCCAAAAUUAUUUUAUUAACCUUCAGGAAUUUCAUUAGAGGAACAUUUUUCAAAUAAUAGAAGUAUUUUCUCCAUAGAAAUUAGUUCACCAAAAAUAUAUUAAUUAAGAUGAAGAAUUCUUGUUAGAUUUAAAAAAGAGAUUAUAAAAUGCUGAAGAAAACUCUAAAUACUAGUACCCAGAUAAAACUUAGGCAUUAAACGAGUACCUAAAUUUGGCUGAAUUCUUUUUUACUGAAUAUCAGGAUUAUAUAGUGGCAGCAUAUUUUUACAAAAGAGUAAUAUAAAUAUCAAGAUAAUAUACUGUAAAAAUUUUAUUGAUGAUAGGAAGCUAAAGCUGAAGGCAAGGGCAAGUUAGGAUAUGCUAAAUGUCAUUACCAAGUUGGAUUGAUAGAUUAAGCAAUACACAUUUUGGAGGAAAGCAUGAAAUAAUGCGAAUAAUUAUAGAAUUUGGAUUCGGUAGUUGAAUAAAUGUCAACUGAAUUAAUCAAAAUAUACAACAGAAUGGCCUAAGAAUAUGAGAAGGGGGAUAACGAUCAAAUUGCAUAAUCAUUAAAAUAUUAUGAUAAAUGCAGAGAAGCAGCAUAAAAAGCAGGAGACUUAGAGUCAGAAGGAGUGAUAUGCAACAAAAUUGGUGGGUUAUAUUUCAAAAUGUAGAACAUCUAAAAGAGUAUAUAAUAUCAUCACAAAUUCUUGGAAAUUGUCAAAUAGUUACACAAAGAAGUAUAUUUCAUUAUCAUUUUAUAAGGAUUCAAAAUAAAAAGAGAUGGAGGCACAUUCAUCAUUAGCCUAAUGUUAUUUAAAGAAAGGUGAUGUAGAUGAAGCUUAAAAGCAUUUGGAAAGUUAUUAUGCUUUAGCUAAGGAUUAAAAAUUAUAUAAUUCAUAAUCCGAUGCUGCACUACAUUUGGCAAAAUUAUAUUAGAGCAAAGGAAACACAGCCAAAUCAUUAGAAUAUUUUUAACAGCACUUUGAUUGUGCUAAGUCAGAGAAACCUGAAUAAAAGAGUAGAAAAUUAAUUGAUAGAGCAAGAGUUACUUAUGGUAUAGCUAAGGCAAAUGCAUUUAUGGGUAUGAAUUCAAACAAUAAAUUUAGAUAAUUACAUUAAGCUAGUAGCAAACAGCGAUAAAAAUUUAAAAGCAUUAUUGGAUUGGAAAUCAAAAAGGGAUAAAUGA